AUGCAUUCACAGGUUGAUGAGAUUAUUGUGCAAUGUAAUGAAGGCUCAGAUUCCAUGUUCUACAUUGUCCUGGGCUACUUGGGGCUGCUGGCCACCAUCAGUUUCACUGUGGCUUUCUUUGCCCGAAAAUUGCCAGAUACUUUCAAUGAAGCCAAACUGAUCACCUUCAGGACAAGCCUAAUACCCAAAAACUUCCAGCACCGGUUUUCUAUGUCUUUUGCUGUUCACGAGAUCAACAGGAAUAUCAAGAAGUUCCCCAACACUACACUAGUCCUGAGAUUUUAUGAAAACAGGUUCAGUGUCAGAGAGGCCGCUAAGCAUGUUCUAGAUCAUCUGUUUCUGGACCAAGGGAGCCCUAUCAACUUCAACUGUGCUAGAAGGAACAAGACAGACUUCUUGCCUAUCAUUGGAGGCCUCCACUCUCCCAACUCUCUCCAGAUGGCCCACAUUUUGAACAGCUAUAAGUUUCCACAGCUCGGUUUUGGUCAGUUUGACCCAGUUCUGAGUGAUAAAAGGCAGUUCCCUUCUUUCUUCAGCAUGGUUCCCAAUGAAAAUAUACAAUAUGAGGGGAUUGUUCAUUUACUGAAACAUUUUGGAUGGAACUGGAUUGGCCUCUUAGCAUCAGAGGACGAGAGUGGGGAAGCCUUUUUUCAAAAUAUCCAACCAAAGCUCUUCCAGAAUGAUAUUUGCAUUGCUUGGAAGCAGUUGAUCCCAGUUUUUAAAGGUGGAGAUUUUACUGCAGGAACAGUUACUUCACAUAUAUCCAACAUACAAGACACUAUGCUAGUGAAGAAAAUUGAUGUGUUCCUUGCUUCUGGGACCAUCCAAUCUAUGGAGGCUUUACAGAUAAUUCUGUAUCUUUCUGAAAGGUCCAAGAAAAAGAAAAUAUAUCACAGAGUGUGGAUCAUGACCUCUCAGUGGGAUUUCACUGUUAUGAUAUUUAAACCGGGGAGUUUCCCAGCUGAAACUUUCAAUGGCUCCUUAUACUUUGCACUGCACACAAAAAUGGUGCCAGGGUUUCAUGGGUUUCUUGAGAGGAGAAAGCUAUAUGUAAAUUCAUCUGCUCUCAUGAAUAGAUUCUGGUGGACUAUAUUUGACUGUUCAUUUCGUGCAUAUUUCAAAGGAGUGAAACGCUGCACUGGGAGGGAAGACCUGGGCAGAGUCCCUGGCUCUGUGUUUGAAAUGACCAUGUCUGGAGAGAGUUACAAUAUCUACAAUGCGGUGUAUACUGCAGCACAUGCUCUGCAAGCAAUGCGUUCAAGAGAAAAGGCAGCUUCAUUGAGGAAUCAGAAUGGAGCAAAUUCUGAUUUGCAUUUUCAGCCAUGGCAGCUUCACUACUUUUUGAGAAACACUCAUUUUAAUAACAGUGCGGGAGAAGAAAUCUUUUUUGAUGAGAAGGGGGAUUUUGACCCAGGGUACGACAUCUUCAACUUGGUUGUCUUUCAAAAUAGAUCUUUCCAGAGAGUCCAUGUUGGAAGGAUGGACUCUAAAGCUCCUGAUGGGAAAAUGUUCACCCUCAAUGAAAGUGCCAUUGUAUGGAAUCACAAAUUACUGCAGUUAAGUAACUAUAAUGUUGGGAGGAAGAGAUUUUUGUUUGAUGACUACUAUGGACACUACAAAAAUGCAGACCAAUGUGAGAGAUGCCCAGAAGAUCAGUAUGCCAAUGCAGAAAGAGAUCAGUGCCUUCCCAAAACAUUCAGCUAUUUAUCUUUCAGUGAACCCCUAGGAGUCAUUCUGACUUCCUUGAUUCUUCUUUUUUCAGCAACACUCAUUUUGGUGGCAUUGACGUUCUUUCUUCACUGGGAAAGCCCUAUUGUCAAAGCUAACAAUAGGAACAUCACAUGUGUCCUUGUUUCUUCUCUUCUCCUUUGCUUUCUCUGUUCCUUUUUGUUCAUUGGAUGGCCUGGGAAAGUGACUUGCAUUCUCAGGCAAACAGUCUUUAGUAUCGUUUUCUCAAUCUCAAUUUCCUGUGUCUUGGCCAAAACUAUCACAGUAGUCCUAGCCUUUCUGGCCACCAAGCCAGGAAACACAAUGAGGAAGUGGUUAGGAAAAGGUCUAGAGAGAUCAGCCAUUGUCCUCUGCUCCUUCAUUCAAAUUAUUAUCUGUGUGGUGUGGUUGAUCAUAUCUCCUCCCUUCCCAGAAUUCAACAAGCAUUCACAGGUUGAGGAAAUUAUUGUGCAGUGUAACGAAGGUUCAGAUAACAUGUUCUAUAUUGUCCUGAGCUAUUUGGGAUUGCUGGCCACUAUCAGCUUCAUUGCAGCUUUCUUUGCAAGGAAAUUACCAGAUACUUUCAAUGAAGCCAAGCUAAUUACCUUCAGCAUGCUUGUAUUUUGCAGCAUUUGGGUGUCCUUCAUCCCAGCCUAUCUGAGCACCAAGGGGAAAUACAUGGUGGCUGUGGAGAUCUUCUCCAUCUUGGCUUCUGCUGCAGGUCUUUUGGGUUGCAUCUUUCUCCCCAAGUGUUACAUCAUAAUAUUGAAACCACAUCUUAACACAAAGCAACAUUUGACUAGAAGAUAA